UUUUAAAUUAAUCCAUAAAAGAAAACAUAUUAGGUUUAAUAUAAUUUGAUAUGACACCGUUAUGUCUGCUCGACUGAAAGACGGCAAAAUGAAACACUCAAUUCAUACAGCUAAAGUAAAAUUAAACAAUGGCUUAUUAAUGCCCAUCGUUGGUUUGGGGACUCACAAGAUUCAAGGCAAAGAGUUGAUUUAUUCUGUGUUGGAUGCUGCUUUGGCAGCUGGUUACCGAUCUAUAGACACAGCCUCAGUGUACAAAAAUGAAUCAGACAUCGGAUCAAGUCUUCUGGAACUACUUGCUAAAUAUAACUUGAAAAGAGAGGACAUAUUCAUCACCAGUAAAUUAGGCCCAAGAGAUCAAGGAAGUGGAAAGUGCCGAGAAGCUUGUUUACAAUCAUUAUCACGCUUGAAAACUGACUACCUCGACUUAUAUUUAAUUCAUUGGCCUGGUGUACAGGGGUUCAAACCUGCAGACAGCAAGCAAAAGAUUCUUCGUCAAGAAAGCUGGAAAGACAUGGAGAUGUUGUACAAGGAAGGUAAAUUGAAGUCAAUUGGAAUUUCAAAUUAUCAAAAGCAUCAUCUGGAAGAACUUCUACAAGAUUCUUCUGUGAAACCAGCAGUUCUUCAGACUGAACAUCAUCCGCAUCUGGUACAGCACGAAGUAUGGAAGUUUUGUCAAGAGAAUAACAUACAAUAUCAAGCAUAUUCUUCACUUGGAGCAUCAAAAGACAAUAUGCUUCUGAAUGAUGCAGUUAUAAAAGAAAUUGGUAAGAAGCAUCAAAGGCCAGUUGCCCAGAUAUUACUCAGAUGGGCAAUACAACAGGGAAUUGGAGUUUUACCAAAAUCUACAAACAUGCAACACAUAUCAGAAAAUGCAGAUAUCUUUUCGUUUGAACUCGAUGAUGAAGAGAUGAAGAUGAUUAGCCAAAUAGAUAGUCAGCAUCAUUAUUGCUGGGACUCCUCAACUAUUGUUUAAAACUUAAACAUUUAAAUAACUAUCUUGUCUU